AUGUCAACUACACCAUCACCAUCACCAUCACCCUCACCAGCUACAGCAGCAGCAACAGCAGCAUCAGAGGAUAGUAAACAAACAUUGACUUUCCAAGUCGGUGGAAGUGGAAGUGAGGCCACAUUAGAAGUGGCAACAGGAUUCCAAAAGGGUCUUGGACAGAUACAGGCACGUGGCAUAUGGGUGCUCCUCGCAUUCUGGGCCAUUAUGAUGCUCAUCUCAAUCACAAAGACUAUAUUCACCAUUCGACAAGAACGUAGUCUCAAGAAGCUAAGGUUGGUAACAGGUCUAAUGGUCACAUUCAGUUCAAUAUGCUUCUUCUUGUUAUUCUUCUUGAGGAUCAAUGGAUCACAAUAUGUCCUGUUGCCAUUGGACAAACUUGGAUUCUUGUUUAUAUUAUAUACUUAUUUGCUGAUAUUGUUCUUCUGGAUCAACUCGCUGUUGGUGGGCGAUCCUAGACUACGGGUAGUCAAGUAUCCAAAGUUCUUUAUCAUUGCUGUCGUGGUGCUGUUCCUCGUCGAGAUGGUGGACUGCAUGUUCCAAUCCGUUGCAGCCUAUGAUCCAAGAAGAUUCAGUGCCAUGUCCUACUUCAAGGAGUCCCUCUUCUACAGCUCCUACAAGUCCAUGAUCACCUUCACCCUAUGCUGUUCCUUCAGUUCAGUAGGAUACCUAAUCUAUGAGAAGGCCAAGAAGUUGUCGGCCAAGAAUGUAUAUAGAUUUAAGAGAGUUGGCUUCACUAUUGGAACAUCAUUCUUGUUUGUUGAUGGUGUUCAAUAUCACGUAUGA